UCUCUCUCCGCCGCCGGUAGAGAGAAAGAAGACCGCCGGAGACUUUCAUACUUCUUCCGUCCGCCAUUGCUGACGUUUGCUACUGCUUUCAAUCAUGUCUGCGAAAUGGCGAGCUUUACAACAUCGCCACCGCUACACUUACAGCGCCAUCAUCUUCCCUCAGUACUACAAACAAACCCUAGAUAACUUCAUCAAUUUGGCUCUAUCUCAAGACCAUGAUGCAUCUGCUCGCCUGUUCUACUCGCAUCUCAACGAACUCGUCUCUCUCAAUUCAACUUACGCUCAACUCAAUCACGCUAAGAAGGUCGCAUCCGCUUUCACUGAAUUGCUUAAAAACAGCAACGAAGCCGUCGUUUCUCAAGCCUCCAGAUUCUAUCUCGAGAUUCUUUUCCUCGAAAAUUCCGUACCAUUACACAGGACUCUGGUUUCUGUUCUUGCGAAAACGCGAGAUUUUCAGUCUGUAAUUGGUGAUUGCUUUCGAUCUCUAUGCGAGGAGUAUGCAGAUGUUAAUGGCGAUGUAAAUGGGAAUGGCAAACGGAAGAGGUUUUGUGUUUCUCGUGUGGGUUUAUCGAUGAUGAGUUCUCCGAAAUUGGGUUAUUUGGUGGAAAUUGUGGAGGAAUGUGCAGUUUUGAUGGGAUUAGAUGUGGUUUCUGGAUUAAACAGUGUGAUUUCGGAGACUAACAAUUGGUCUAGACCAUCUCCAAUUGUUAUGGAACAAUGUCAAGAAGCUUUAUCUUCUAUCUAUUACUUGCUUCAGCGAUGUCCAUUGAAGUUCACCAGUUUGAAUGGAUUGCACGAUUCCAAUAUCAUGGAGAUGAUUCUGACCACCAUUUUAAGCAUUCUGAAGUCAGAAGCUUUUUCCAGGGAUUGUUAUGUGGCUGCAGGGGUGAGUUUUUGUGCAGCACUACAGGUUUGUCUUUGUCCCGAAGACCUUGGAUUGGCGAUUAUUGAAGGUAUCUUUAUCUUCCAUCAAGAUUUUGUUUUAAGUUCCAAUAACAGAUUUCAAGCUGUGAUCAUGAAGAUUCCAUAUAAAGGGAAUCUGUUUUCGCAAAUUCAUGGUUUUUCUGCACUUAGUAGGCUCUGUUUCAUAAGAGGAAUCCUUACUGCCAUCCCUAGAACACUACUUAAUACUCCUUAUAUUGUAUCAAAGGAUGGCGUUUGUGGUUAUGAAGCUUGUUUGGAGGGUGGAAUGUCAGCUCAAACAAUACUUUAUGAUGGGAUUUUGCCAGAAUUAUGUAAAUAUUGUGAGAACCCCACCGAUAGUCACUUCAAUUUUCACGCAUUGACUGUGAUGCAAAUUUGUCUUCAACAGAUAAAAACUUUGAUACUAACUACACCCGACAAUGAUGAAGCAAUGAAUCAUGAUCCCAUUGCGGAUGACAUAGGUGCCCGGAUAUUGAGAAUCGUAUGGAAUAACUUGGAGGAUCCUUUAAGUCAAACUGUCAAACAAGUUCAUCUAAUUUUCGACAUCUUUUUAGAUAUACAGUCUAGUCUCCCUUCGACGGAUGGUGGUAAGGAGAGAAUUCAGUUGUUUUUAAGGAAGAUUGCAUCCAAUCUUCUUCGGAUGGGUGCGCGUUGCAAGGGUAGAUAUGUCCCAUUAGCUUCUCUCACCAAGAGGAUUGGAGCUAAAACGAUUUUAGCGAUGAGUCCUGAUAUGAUGUUUGAGACAGCAUGGGCAUACGUCGAUGAUGAUGUAUGCUGUGCUGCCACAUCUUUCUUGAAGUGUUUUCUUGAAUGUUUGCGUGAUGAGUUCUGGAGUAGCAAUGGAGUGGAAAGUGGGUACACAAAUUAUAGAAAAGUUUGCUUGCCGCCAUUUAUGCAUGGACUUGCUUCAGGAAAUUCAAAGCUACGGUCAAAUUUGAACACGUAUGCUUUUCCAGUGAUACUUGAUGUGGAUGUGGAGAGUAUAUUUCCAAUGCUUGCUUUUAUCUCUGUUGGUCCUGUUGGAGAAGACAAUGUGCUUGCUUUUCAAGAUGUUCAUGGUGCAAAUAUGAAUCUUAGAGUUGAACAGAAGGUGGCGGUACUAAUUUCAUUGCUCAAAGUUUCUCGCUCUCUUGCUUUGAUUGAAGGAGACGUUGAUAGGUUUGAAGAGAUGGGGCAGACUGAACAAAGUGCUGAUUACGCUCUUCUUUGUGUAAAAGGAAUAAGAGUUAAAGUUCUUGUAAAGUGGCUAGUUUUCGCGUUGACCCAUGUUGAUGAGUCUCUUCGCACAGAUGCAGUUGAGUCACUGUUUUUAAACCCUAAAACAGCCAGUCUUCCAUCCUCAUUGGAGCUAAGUAUGAUGAAAGAAGCAAUGCCUUUGAACAUGAGGUGUUCUUCAACCUCUUUUCAGAUGAAGUUGACCAGUUUGUUUAGAAAAUUCUUUUCUCGGGUUCGGACUGCCUUGGAGCGACAGAUCAAACAAGGAGGCUGGCAACCUUCGGCGGUUAAAAAUGGUGGAUUUCUUCCCUGUAAAGAAACAGAAAAAGAUGCCAAUUUUAAGAGGGCAGAGGAUCUUUUUCAUUUUAUGAAGUGGUUGAGUAGCUCUUUGUUUUUCUCAUGCUAUCCUUCGGCUCCAUAUGAAAGAAAGAUAAUGGCAAUGGAACUCAUAUUGAUAAUGAACAAUACCUGGCCAAUUGUACCUCCUUUGCAAGAUAACCAAGAUUCUGCUUCCCAAAUUGUGCUUAUGACUCCAUAUGAUGCAAGAUUUAUAUCACCCGAAGCAACUUUAUUGCUAGUAGGUUCAAUUGUUGACAGUUGGGAUCGGUUGAGGGAGAAUUCUUUCCGCAUUCUGCUUCAUUUCCCAACCCCACUUCCCGGAAUCUCGACUACAGAAAUGGUCGAAGAAGUAAUUAUCUGGGCUAAGAAAUUAGUUUGUAGUCCUCGUGUCAGAGAAAGUGACGCUGGAGCCUUGACAAUGCGGCUCAUCUUUAGUAAAUAUGUUUUGGAUCUUGGGUGGAUUGUCAAACCGUCUUGUGAUGCUGUUUCUUUUUGUUCACAGAAUCCGACACUAGAGAAUGGAGAUUAUAGAACUUGCUCUCCCGUUGUAGAAUAUGUAACAUCGCUCAUUGAUUGGCUGCAUGCUUCUGUUGAAAUGGGAGAAAAGGAUCUUUCUGAUGCUUGUAGGAACAGCUUUGUUCAUGGGGUGUUGCUUACACUUCGGUAUACUUUUGAGGAAAUGGAUUGGAAUUCCGACUUAGUUUUGAGCAAUAUUUCGGGUAUGAAACUUGCAUUGGAGAAACUACUCGAGUUAGUCAUGAGAAUAACUUCAAUGGCGCUUUCUGUGGUCUCGGCUGAUGCGUGGCAUUUGCCUGAGGAUAUGGUUGAUCUUGUGAAUGAUGAUUUGGACAUAUGGGAUGCUACGGAUGACUUGGAUGUUCCUGUGGGCUCAUCGGAGAAAGAAACAACAGGUUCGAAAUUGGUGCAGGAUGUUGGACCAUCCGAUCAGGUUGUUAUGGUUGGCUGCUGGCUUGCAAUGAAAGAGGUGAGUCUUCUUCUGGGAACUAUUAUACGGAAAAUUCCUUUGCCCACUUCAGGCAUAUCGAGGGAAUUUGACCCGUUAUCAGACCCUCAUGGUGAUCCAAGCAUGAACGAUGAUGUUGUGCUUGACUUCAAACAACUAGAGACUAUUGGGAAUCACUUCCUAGAAGUCCUCAUGAAAAUGAAGCAUAAUGGUGCAAUUGAUAAGACAAGGGCAGGAUUUACUGCAUUAUGCAAUCGGUUACUUUGCUCAGACAAUCCAAGACUUGGCAAGUUAACCGAAUCUUGGAUGGAACAACUUAUGGAAAGAACAAUUGCCAAAGGACAAACAGUGGAUGACUUGCUGAGAAGAAGUGCAGGUAUUCCUGCUGCAUUUAUUGCCUUUUUUCUGUCGGAACCCGAAGGUACACCAAAGAGACUCCUCCCAAGGGCAAUACGAUGGCUAAUAGAUGUAGCCAACCGAUCCAUGAACGAUCAAAACGAACCAAAAACCUUCGGCAAAGAUUCAUCCACUUAUCUUUCAACAAAUUCCCGCCAAGAAAUCUUUAUGAAACAGGAAAUCGAAAUGGAUGGUAGUACAGUGAAUUCAAAGAUUCGAGAUGAGGGUGUUAUUCCCACAGUACAUGCAUUUAAUGUUCUUAGAGCAGCAUUCAAUGAUACCAAUCUUGCAACGGAUACUUCUGGUUUCUCUGCUGAGGCUAUGAUAAUGUCUAUACGCUCUUUUUCUUCGUCAUAUUGGGAAAUCCGAAACAGUGCCUGUCUUGCAUACACAGCUUUAGUUCGUCGGAUGGUUGGAUUCCUUAACAUACAUAAACGAGAAUCUGCCAGACGGGCGCUGACUGGGAUUGAAUUUUUCCAUAGGUACCCGUUAUUGCAUCCGUUCUUGUAUAGUGAACUGAAGAUUGCCACCGAGUUGCUAACAGAUGGGUCACCGCAACAUUUGGGAUCUAAUCUCGCCAAUGCCGUGCAUCCAAGCUUGUGCCCCAUGUUAAUUCUCUUGUCCAGGCUCAAGCCUUCGACAAUUGCAAGUGAAAUUGGAGACGGGUUGGACCCGUUUUUAUUCAUGCCAUUCAUCAGAAGGUGCUCAACACAAAGCAACCUUCGAGUUCGUGUUCUUGCAUCAAGAGCUUUAACGGGCCUGAUAUCCAAUGAGAGACUUCUAGUCAUCCUGCUGAAUAUUGUCGAUGAGUUGCCUUCUAAUGGGGACAAGAUUGCUUCUUCAAAUAUGAUUCAUGGUUUGCUAUUACAAGUGAUCUCUCUUUUAGAUAUAAAUUGUAGAGAUUUAGCUGAUUUCUCCAAGAAAGAUCAGAUUCUAGACGACUUGAUCCAAGUUCUUGUCACACGUUCUUGGAUCGGCAGCCCCAAACUGUGCCCGUGUUCCACGCUCAACAGCAGUUUCUUAAGGGUGCUUGAUAUCAUGCUCGGUAUUGCUAGAACGUGUCCCACGAGCAAAAGUUUCAAUCCCAUCUGCAAGCUCCUUUGGGAGUUAUCUAUCGAAUGCUUAGAUGCAGAAGUUUCUUACGGGCUACCCUAUUACGAUCCAACAACAGCAGAAUGUCGAAAACAGGCAGCAACUUCAUAUUUCAACUGUGUUUUUCAAACAUCAAAAACCGUCGAUAAAGAAGAUAUCCGUGUCUUACGGACACACAUCCCCCCUGCAUCUGGUUUAAACCACAUAUUGGAAACAAGCAGCGAUAUUUCCAGUUUCCAAGAUAGGUUGAUUCGGUCCUUGUCAGAUGCAUCAUAUGAAGUUCGUCUUGCGACAUUAAAGUGGCUCCUUUGGUUCCUUAAAGCAUCAGAUGAUGAUGAUGAUGAUGAUGGUGAAGAUCCAUCAUCAUGCAAGAGCAGCUUGAUCAAAUGGAUCAAUCCUCAUCUCCAUUCCAUGAUGGUGAAUCUUUUAUCUCUAGAAAAGAAUCACAGAUGCACUUGUUACAUCUUGAAAAUACUUUUCACUUGGAAUCUGCUCAAUUUUCAGAAACUUUGCAGCAAAAAAAAAUGCCUUCAAGAAAUCAGGUUUGUAGGUAACAUAGAUUCCGAUUCACUAUUUCUCUUCUGGGAUAAACUAGUUUCCUUGUACAAACUCACCCGGCAUUUGAAAACACGAGAAAUACUGUUGUGCUGCAUGGGAGUAUGCACAAAACAGUUCACUAAUCUGUUUACGAGCUCUUUCGAUAAGGAAAACCAAUUGGAUCACAUGAUCAUAUUAAAUGAUCGUAUCAGUUACUAUGUCGAACUAAUCAAACACCAUGGUGAUCCGUCAGAGCCCGUUAACAUACGUAAGGCAGCCGCUGAAUCAGUCAUUGCAUCUGGUCUACUUCAAGCCGUUGAGUUUAUCGGUCAGUAUGUGACCAAUAAUAAGACCCCAUCUGAUAAUCUUGAUCGGAAAAAGGCUGUUAACAUGUAUGCUAUUAGAACACUUGAUGUAUGGUCAGCAUGCAUAAAGCUUCUAGAAGAUGAGGAUGUUUCUCUUAGAAGUAAACUUGCCAUUGAUGUUCAAAAGUGUUUUCAUGGAAUCAGUUCGGAAGCGGGUGUAAUUCCGAGCCAAGUAGACAAAGUGAUAAUAUCUAGUUUACAUCAUCUGUCUACGAUCUUCGGUCAUUGGGACUACUACUUUGAUUAUCUUUCUAAUUGGAUCUUAAGUGCAUCAAAUAACGUUAUCUCAAGAGGGGAUCUUGUUAGAAAGGUUUUCGACAAGGAGAUUGAUAAUCAUCAUGAAGAAAAACUUCUGCUUUGCCAGAUUUGUUGUUUCCAUCUAGAUAAUCUUCCUGUAUCGGAAUCUUUGGCAGCGGGUGGCAAUGGGGGCAUGGAUUUCUUACACGAAUGGCGAAGGAGAUUCUUUCAACGGUUGAUGUCCUUUGCUGGGGGACAUGGGGGCAAACAAGCAGUUGAUUGGAUUGGUGGUCUGGGUAACCAUAAAGAUGCAUUUUUGCCGGUUUAUUCAAAUCUUCUUGGUGUUUACACUCUAUCUCGGUGCAUUUUCAAGCAAAGAUCGAAGAACAGCAGUACCCUGAUGUCGGAAAUUGCUGAUCUUGGAGAUGCCAUCAAACCCUUUCUUGGUAAUCCUCUGAUUCGUAACCUUUUUCUAUCAGUUGUUAGACUACAUGAGGAAUCUGCAGGUGAACCUGUGGACCGUUUAACCAGCAAGCUGAACGACAAUGUGGCUAUCUGGGAUGAUUUCGAUCCUUAUUUUCUACUUAGGUAAGAGAAUUUGUAUUCGAUUUCUUACAUGUCACAAGUAGUUUAUGGAUCCUUUCAUGGGGAGGGUAGAGAAUUAUAAUUUUUAUGCUACAAUUUAUAGGGUUGGGUCUGUUGUUGCAUUUUGUUGCUCAAUGUGGAUUUUUAACAUGUGAAAAGUAAUACAUGAGAAAGCUUCAUCUUUUUCUGAC